ACCACGGGGGGAAAAAAAGCAUGGCGGCCCCCAAGAUGAGCGUGGGUAAACCCACCGUGGACCGUUUACCGUGCAAUACCACCAGUUUUCAGAAGAAAUCACGAAGCAAACUAGUUUCAAUACCUGGCACAAGACCUUCGAUUCAAAACGGGCAACUUAUUGUUUCGACUGGUGUCACAUCUCUCGACUACGUGAUUGGUGGUGGUUUAGCAGUUGGAACCCUUCUACUCAUAGAGGAGGACCGAUAUGACAGCUACUCUCGUAUGCUGUUCAAGUACUUCCUGGCAGAGGGGGUGGUGUGUGGACAUGAACUCUACGUGGCGUCUGCUCUGGACCACCCCAAUGACAUCCUACAGGAACUCCCCGCCCCCAUCCUGGAUGACAUCGCCAGCCCCAAAACAGUGGAGGACCAGGCAAAGUCAUGUGACCCUGAGAGUCAGGACGCCAUGAAGAUCGCCUGGCGCUACCAGCACCUGCCAAAAGUACAGACGGCCCUGGCGUCCUCGUCGAGGUUCGGACACUACUACGACGUCUCCAAGACAAUGGACCCUGAGAUCUGCCAGGCGGCCAGGUGCCACGGCUUCUACCUUCCAGAACACUCCACCGCUGUGACAUCACCCACCGCCACCACCUCCGGCCAGAGCCCUAUGCCAGAGACCUACUCCUCUCUGCUGAACAAUCUCCAGGAGGUCAUCCACAGGGAAGGCUUUGAUGGAUCCGUCCCCCAGACCAAGUCACGGAACAUCCUACGGAUCGGGCUGCACUCCCUCGGCUCCGCCCUGUGGGAUGAUGACCUGUGUUGCCGUGAAAACCCAAGCCACGGCCACGCCCUCACCACCUUCCUUUACGGCCUCCGGGCCAUGCUGAGGUCAUCGCUCUCUGUUGCCGUGGUUACCGUGCCCUCACACCUCAUCCAGAACAGAGCUCUGAUGGGCAAUAUAACCAGGUUGUGUGACACGGCCAUCGCUCUAGAGUCCUUCAGAGGCUCAGAGAGAGAGACCAACCCCCUGUACAAAGAUUACCACGGUCUGCUAGAUGUACGUCAGCUGCCCUAUCUGAACUGCCUGGUGUGUGAUCUGCCCGACAACAAGGACCUGGCCUUCAAACUCAAGAGGAAGCAGUUCACCAUUGAGAGACUACAUCUGCCUCCAGACCUGUCAGAGACAGUGAGUCGUGUGAGCCGGGGAGAGCUGACAGGGACAGCCAUGGUGGGCUCCUCAGGCUGUGGCUCCGGCUCCACUGGCAACAGACAUCUGGACUUCUAGAACCCCACUCACCAUCAUCGCCGCUGGCAACAAACAUCUGGACUUCUAGAACCCCCUCACCAUUAUCACCGCUGGCAGCAAACAUCUGGACUUCUAGAACCCCCUCACCAUUAUCACCGCUGGCAGCAAACAUCUGGACUUCUAGAACCCCCUCACCAUUAUCACCGCUGGCAGCAAACAUCUGGACUUCUAGAACCCUCUCACCAUUAUCACCGCUGGCAGCAAACAUCUGGACUUCUAGAACCCCCUCACCAUUAUCACCGCUGGCAAACAACAUCUGGAUUUCCAGAACCCCCUCACCAUUAUCACCGCUGGCAACCAACAUCUGGACUUCUAGAACCCCCUCACCAUUAUCACCGCUGGCAGCAAACAUCUGGACUUCUAGAACCCCCUCACCAUUAUCACCGCUGGCAGCAAACAUCUGGACUUCAACUGUCCAAGUGGCCUAGCAGCCUCCUUCCUUCCUUUCCUAGGACACUUUGACAUUUGAUAUUUUAGUAAAUGCUAUUGUCUAGAGCGACUUACAAUACCUGUAUUGAAGUAAGGAGGCAGCGACACUCCAUCCAAGCCCCUCUAUGUAACUCUGUCAUCUUGUUGUGACUGGGCCUGUCUCAGAGAGAGACAGAAGGUGGGGGAAUAAUUUCAACGGGAUAUCUGUAAUGAAACACAAGAUACACCUUUCUGCUAUUUCACCAUCCUGCUAUUUCACCAUCCUGCUAUUUCACCAUCCUGCUAUUUCACCAUCCUGCUAUUUCACCAUCCUGCUAUUUCACCUUUCUGCUAUUUCACCAUUCAAUCAAAGGCAUGUUGAAAAUGUGUUUUUUGAUAAGUUGAAUAAAUGUGUAUAAAUCCAUA